UCACACAGCUCAGCAGGGUCCACUGCCAUGCUCAACUGUCGCAUCCUCUACAUCGUGGGUAAGGCGGUGUCGUGGAUGAGGGCGAGAGACCUACACCUGUUAACAGUAGGGCGGUUCACCUACACCAGCGACGAGCGGUUCAAGGCGGUCCAUCAAACUGGUUCACAAGAUUGGCUUCUCAAGAUCUUCUACGUGCAGGACCGGGACGCUGGACCAUAUGAGUGUCAGGUGUCUACAACCCCACCGAUGUCCCACACUGUCUGGCUCACUGUUGUAGAGCCUCAGACUGUAGUACUAGGGGGCCCAGAGCUCUAUAUCAACGCUGGGUCGGCCAUUAACUUAACCUGUCUGGUCAAGUACCUGCCAGAGCCCACACCUUACAUCUUCUGGUUCCAUGAUGAAGUGCUGCUGAGUUACGAUUCCGAGCGGGGCGGAGUGACAGUCUCGACGGAACAUGGACAGAACACCGUCUCCCGUCUACUGAUCCACCAGGCGGCCGCGAAGGAUUCCGGUCAUUACACCUGUUCUCCAGCCACCGCUCCUACACACUCCAUCAUCGUUCACGUCAUUAACAGUGAGAAGCCGGCAGCCAUCCACCACAAGAACACCACCUCCAACUCUUCAGAGGGCGGGGGUCCUGGCCACCUGCCGGCGGGGCCCCUGCAGCUGCUGCUCGUGGGUCUCCUACCUAUCAUGGUGUCCACUGGAGGCCAAGACCUGGUGGAGGUGCUGGGCAGGACGGCGGCGUGGUGGAGGGCGUGGUGGCAGGCGUGGCUAGGCGUGUGCUGGUGGUGGUGGUGGUGGUGGGAAGGAGAGAGGCAAGUCACCGGGCUCGCCACCACACUAACAAGAUAAGACGAUCAACCUUGGUGGUGAGCUGUUCCUGCUGCUGAUCCUGCUGCUUUUCCUGCAACUGCUGCUGCUGCUGCUGCUGCUGCUGCUGCUGCUGCUGUUGUUAUUGCUCAUAUUAGUGAUUUCCUUGCAGCCUCAGCAGUUGUGACGCUGGAUAAUAAAUCUGCAGUGUCAACAAAACACAAACUUGCAGGUUCACAAACUGCUCGGAAUACAGUGUUACAAACUGCUCGGAAUACAGUGUUACAAACAAGUGCAUGUUCCUUUUGGGAAGUGAUACAUUAAUACUAAUAUUUAUGACGUAAUGAUGACGUCAUGUGCCACCAGUUGACAGUCAUGUACUGUCAGGCGAGGCAGCGCGUGACACGCCUCGUUUGUGUCAACAACAACUGGGUCGAUACUGUCACGUCUGGCGGACACAAGGGAGACAAUUCUUUUAAUUGCCCUAAAAUCUCACGCCUCCAUCUUGACAAAAAAGGCCAUCAUGAAAUGGAGGAAGAGGCAGCUAAGCCACAGUGACUAUAAAGGUGUUUUAUGUAGUGUGACAAACGUAAAUUUCCCCUUAAUUAUAGUGUGUGCUCAGACCUUUACCCUAAUGGUGUGUUUACCUGUGUUGUAUGAGGGUGUGACUGAAGGUCAUUUAAUAUAACAUAAAAACAUGACUA